AUGGCCCUGGAAGACCGCUGCAGCCCACAGAGUGCCCCGAGUCCGCCGCAUCACCACCACAGCAGCCAGGCCCCGAGCCAGGCCAGCACUCCGACGACGAUGAUGGGAGAGGUGCCUUUGCCACCACUUCCGUCGCACCAUUCACUGGCGGCCGCUAGCGCGGGUAGUUCGCCUAGCCGCGACGAGAUGUCACUAGUGGUCAUCAAGCAAGAGCCGGAGCUGCACGAUCAUCAACAACCGCAGGCGAUGGUCGGAGGACACCAGCAGCAGCCGACGCCCCCCGCGACCCCCAGCAUCUCCUUUUCGAUCUCCAACAUCCUGAGCGAUCGGUUCGGCUUGAAGGCUCCACUGCCACCGCCGCCCUCGACACACACCCCGUCACCUUCGCCACCGAUCAGCCCGGGAGGGCCACAUCUCCACCCGUACGCCGCCCUCCAAUCGGUGGCCCACCUGCACCCGUCGCAUCCUGCCUACACCACCACCCUCACGGUGGGCCCUCACUAUGCGCCACACCAUCUGCUGCACCACUACCAGCCCUACCCGCACCAUCCGGCUCCAAUCGUUCCGCAGGCUCAGCGGCCCCGCGAAUCCCUCUUCCGGCCGUACGACAUUGCGGCCAAGAGCCCGGCUCGGCUCUGCACCAGCAACGGAAGCAGUGCGGCCACCCCGCACCCGUACCACACGGACAGUGAGUCGCAGGACUCGCACUCGGCCGCUACCAGCCCGGCGGGGACCCCAUACCCCGGCGCGGAGCCUGGCCGGCUGGCCGCCCUGCCCGAUGUGUACGACUUUAGCCGGAAGUCCGUGGCCGCCCUCGACCACCGGGCGGCCCUCCUGAGUGGGUUCAGUGCCGCCGCCAGCUACCCGAAGCUCCACGAGGAAAUCAUCAACAGCCACCGGAAAUUCCAGGCGAAGCUGAUCGAGUCCCAGUCGAAGGUGGCGGCGGCGGCCGCCGUUGCUGCGGCCGUUGCAGCCUCAUCCAUCGCUCCAUCCUCCGUCUCCUCCUCCGUGUCCUCCUCGCUUCCUUCGUCGCUCGGGAGUCUGUGCAAGACGGUGUCCCAGAUCGGGCAGCACGUGGCCGGCACCGGAACUCUCGGGUGUGCCACCACGACGGCGACAACGGGGAGUGUGACGACGGUGGCCAAGGGUAGCCCCAAACCGAUCCCGAAACCCGGUGCAACAGCUCCCUCCGAGCACGGCGGGUCCUCAUCGCACGAUGGCGGCAUGGAGUCGUCGGACGACGCCAAGUCGGAAACGAGCAGCUCGAAGGACGGCGAAGGCGGCGGCAAUCUGUGGCCGGCGUGGGUCUACUGCACCCGCUACAGCGAUCGGCCCAGUUCCGGUCCUCGCUAUCGGCGCACGAAGCAACCGAAGGAGAAGGGUGAAAGCGAAGAAAAACGCCCGCGGACCGCGUUCUCCAAUGCGCAACUGCAGCGGCUAAAAAAUGAGUUCAACGAGAAUCGGUAUCUGACGGAGAAGCGCCGGCAAACGCUCAGUGCCGAGCUGGGGCUGAACGAGGCGCAGAUUAAGAUUUGGUUCCAGAACAAGCGGGCCAAGAUCAAGAAGAGCUCGUCGGAGAAGAACCCGCUAGCGCUGCAGCUGAUGGCUCAGGGUCUGUACAACCACUCGACGGUGCCGCUCACGAAGGAGGAAGAGGAACUCGAGAUGCGUAUGAACGGCCAGAUCCCGUAA